ACUGCGCAAACGUGAGCGCAGACAUGACGCAGUACAACACAGAAGCCGUGCGCGCGGGCUCAGCUCAGUCAGCAGGCAGCAGUUGGAGGUUAUAGGCGCCCGUGAGCCGGCAUACAAAACGACACAAACAUAGUCUGCAGACGAUUAUUCAUAACAAUAACACAUAUUUUCCACUUAUAAUAGUGUGCUACCUAUUGAAUUAUCGGAAACUGCAAAACAGCGAAGAUAUGUCCAGGCAAGCGUGUGGGUUUAGUAUACUUAUCUGGCAAUUCAUUUGAGUCAUCCUUUAAAAGCUCAGCUAUUUAAAAGGGAAAGUAAGUGUAAUGGAAGCUAUGGUAAGUCUUAACCCUACGUGUGUGACUGAUCUUGAGUCUGAUGUUGAUGAAGAUAUUGAGCGACUGAAGAGCAGAUGGACUUCGAAAGAGGAUGAAAAUCUUGCGUCCCUCGUGGGGAAGUUUGGAAGAGAUGAGUGGGAACUGAUCGCAGGCUACCUACCUGGGCGCUCUGCACAGGACUGUAAAUACAGAUUCACAGUUGUCUUAGACCCAGAGCUCAUUAAAGGAACCUGGACCAAAGAAGAAGAUGAAAAGCUCAUUCAGCUGGUGUCUUUGUAUGGUGACAAGAAGUGGAGCACAAUUGCAAAGCACCUAAAAGGUCGAAGGGGCAAACAGUGCAGAGAGCGGUGGCAUAAUCACCUUGACCCUUCUGUGAUUAAGACACCCUGGACAAAAGAGGAGGAUCUUCUAAUCAUAAAAUACCAUUGUGUUCUGGGAUCUCGUUGGGCACAAAUUGCAAAGUUUCUCCCUGGAAGGACUGAUAAUUCCAUAAAGAACCAUUGGUAUUCAACCCUAAAGCGUAAAAUGGACAAGGGCACCUAUAAGAUGGAAGAUGUUGAUUUGAGUGAUCUUGGAAUCUACCUGACACAAAAAGAAACAUCUGCUUCCACAAGUCAUGAAAAGUCAAAAAGUACAGUGGAGCCAUUGCCCAAGGUGAAAGAGAUGAAGAGGACAGCUUUAGAAAAAAACCUGAAGGCCAACAGUCCACCCCUCUAUCCAUGUUCAGCUUCACCCUCUAUCUCCAGAAGUCCCUUCAUUGUUGAGUCGCAACAUAAAGCAUUUGUAGAUGAUGUUUUGCAAAUGAUUGCCGAGGACAUGCUACCACUCAACUUUACUGAAGGUUCUGGGUUUCGUAAGUUCAUGACUUCAAUGGGUCCUCAAUACCCACAGCUCUCACAGCACACGAUAGCUUCACAACUAUAUAAUGCUGUGGAGAAAACCAUCAAGCCACAGCUGAUCCAACAGCUCAGGAACUGUGUAUCUUUGGUUGGAGGCCAUAAUGUUAUUCACAUCACUGCUGAUAUUUGGGCUAGUGAACAUGUAGAGCCACUUCUUGCCAUUCAGAUGCACUUUCUUGAUGAAGACUGGAAUGUUCACAGGCCGACUGUGGCUUUUCGCCAUUUGCAGUGUAAUCAGUUUACAACAAAGAUUGGAGCAGAAAUUGAAUCAGUUCUUCUAAGCUAUGGGCUUUUCCCCCAUAACAUUGGUUACAGUAUCAUCCAUGAGGCCAAGAACACUAUUGCUACACAUGAUAUUUUCUGUGACUACAAGAUCAUGUAUUCUGCACAGAAGAAUGAUCCAGAUGAAGAUGAAUUAUUGAGUUUUCUUGAUGAUCAGGUCACCAUAGAUGAUUUCUCUAUAGCUGAAAUUUCAUCCAGCAAACAUCUGGAUUGUAUUACUACCCUACUGCAUUGCGUAAUUAAGGAGGCAUUGAAGAAGUCCAGAGUUGUUGAGGGUAUACUAUUUGAGGUACAAAGUGUGGUGUCUUUUUUUCGCCGCAGCACCUACUGGCUUGAGGUUCUUGCAAAGAAAUGCAAGCUCUCACUAUCUGGUACUUACGACACAAGCAGGUAUACCUGGAACUCCACAAUUACCAUCAUCCGUGAAAUAAUGCAAGAAUCAGUAUGGGACUUGAUGAUGACUCUUUUGAAUCAAGCCCGCACAGAGGCAGAAAGCUGCCACGUUUGUCCACCGGUGGUUCAUGUAACACGUGAUCAAGUAGUGGACUUUGUUGGCUUAAUGGAGCCUUUUGAAGAGGUGGUCCAGGUACUUCAGGAAGACGGUAUCACCUUGUCCCUCAUCAUUCCAACUAUCAUUGGACUUGAUAAAACACUUGAGACCAAGGCCACAAAGUUCAGCCUUUUCUGCUCAGUCCUCCGUUCUGGUCUCCGUUCCUACUUCCAACCUAUUAUUUUGCGAAGAGAUUUGAUACUAGCCACAGUUCUGGACCCACGAAUCAAGCUUCAACCCUUUGACAAUGGAAAAGAGAAAUUCAAGAGUAGCACACUGUUUACACCUUCCAAAUACCGUGCCUCUAAAGUUGUAGAAUCAGCAUUGAGUGAAACUGCAACAGAAAUGAGAGGUGAUAAACCAGAACAUGCUGAUAGGCAGUCCACUGAGCUGAAUCAGUAUUUAUCAGAGCUCUUGUCUGAGGAAGAUGUUUCCGUUCAAACCUUCUGGAAAGAAGCUACCCGCUUCCCUUGCCUACAAAGCAUAUGCCGCAAAUUUUUGGCUGUCCCAGCAUCUUCAGGGGGAUUUAAAAGACUAUUUCCUUUAGCAUCCUGUAUUGUACGGGCCCGAAGAAGCAGGCUACCGCAGCACACGACAGAACGACUUCUGCUGUACCGAGAGUAUCUGAAGAAGGAUAGCAAAAAUGCAAUGGAAUAAAUACUGAGAUUUUUGCCUUAAAGGACCUGGGAAAGAUAUGCAGAUAUAAUGUGCAUGUAUGUAUGUAUGUUUUUUGCAGUGUUUUUUUUUUUUUUUUUUUUUUUUAGUAACUUUUCAUGAGCAUGUCAUGGACAAUAAACCUGAAACUUGAAUAAUCUUGAAACUACAUUGGUUGUCAAAUUGUUGCCGCUGGUUUCUCAAAUUGUAGUUUCACAUAAUUCUGAAUGAAGGAUAAUCUGCUUUUUUACCUGCCUAUCAGACUCAAAUGUAUCUGCUAACACUUUCACCUCUGCAUCCUUCUUUUUGGGGGACCAAUGGGCAUGAUGUGUGAGACCCACAUAUGAUGCUUGUGCAUUGCAAGCUUCGUCUGGCUAUACAGUUAUGAUUCUGUCAGUAACGUGAGUGUCAUAAGACACUCAAUGUGCAGAAAUAAGUGUGAACAUUUAGUUAAAGUUGCAGUGAGCAAUUUCUUAGAAACACUAUUAAUAUUUGAAAUCGAGCCAAACAAACACACCCUUCCCUUUAUUGCUCCGCUCACAAAAUGCACAAACAUGCAAUGCAGUAGAUGUGUCUAUCAUAGGUGAAGCAAAGCAAAAUAAUGCUUGGCGAAAAAUAAAGCGAAGAUAAUGAACAAAAGUCAAGGAAAAACAAAAAAAUGAACAUACAGUACACUAGAGUUUGUACAAGCAGGAGUUGGUUGGAGUUGGUCAAACAAUGACACUCAAAACUGUCCUGUUACUAUACCUAUCACUACAGCAACAGCAUAUCUUUGGUUCUGUGAAACAGCAAAACCACUGUUACUCACAUAUGGAACAGAAACAACGCAACCUCAGCAUCUGUUUUCAGGCCUUCCCGCUUGGGUCUCUCCAACGCUGGGAAGCUUUUCUAAUAUUAACGCAGGUCCUAAAGCUCUUGCCUUAUCAGAAACCUCCGUUUUCCAGUAAUAUUCUCUUUUGUAAUGUCUAGCAGCCAUCUCUCUUUCUACAGUCUUUCCAUUCUCCCUCUUGCUCACUCUCUCUCCUCUCCCAUCAUGAGUGGACACGACCCUACUGCUGAUUGGCUACAAGCAGGGGUGGAAAUGGGGGGUAACGCGGGGGGACGGCGUCCCCGGAGUGAAUUUCAAGGGGGGGCGGCGUUCCAGUUCAAAUUGGUUCGAUUUUUUUAUAGAAAUGAAGGGAUUUCUGUAUUUAUUCACUCAAUAGCCUACGAAAACGAAACCGAUUCAGCGCAAAAACAUAGAGCAAUAAAAUUGCAUGAUUAUUCAUAAAAAAAA